AUGGGCGUGAUAAGACGAGUUCUGGAUGUAGACGACGCAUCUCAUGUGGUUGCCCUCUUCUGGCAGUCGUCCUGGCAGUCAGAGGACUUGGCCUCACUCUUUGGGUUGUUGCUAGGAGACGACGACCUUCUGACCAAAGACGGUGAGAGAAUCAGCGCAACCACAGCAAACAAGCCCGAGGCCAGAACCUAUCUGGUAGUUUGUUAUUACCCACCAGGAGCCGAAACACUCACCGACAUUUCGAGCGGAGGCUAUAGAACGCUUCUCACAGAAGGGAGCAGGACUGUACGACGGCGACGGCGUCUUGCACCGCCUCUUUUCGUUGUAAACGCCUCUCGCAGCAAUACGCAAUACGCAAUAGACGGACGCGCCGGAACAAUCAUCGACAUAUUCGCCGCCGGCGCCGCACAAUCCGAAGACGACGAGAACGACGACAACAACGACGACGGAUUCACGACUGGCUCGUCGUUUAUCGCUUUCUUGGAACACCGCGUCUACCCUGCCCAACGCCUUUGCACUACCUUCUACUUCACCGGCACCGACACCGACAAUCUUUCAAUCCUUCACAUCACCCUCAACUCGGCUGUUAUACGUGAGCUGUCUAGAGUCAGCGCUCGAUCGACUGAGCACUUCGACCACCACAGCCAGUGCAACGGCAGACCCACCAACAACAGCGGCCUCCCACCUCAAGUCAUGGACGAACCGUUACCAGACCCAUAUACCACCCUUGGAGUGUCGAGAAACGCGACCGAGAAUGACGUCAAGUCAGCCUACAGAAAGCUGGCACUCAAGUGUCACCCGGACAAGUUUCCUGACGAAGCCGUCAAGAAAGUCAAGGAGCAGGAAUUUCAUCGUUUAAACGAGGCGUACGAACUCUUGAGCGAUCCCGCCAAGAAGAGUGAAUGGCAAGCCACGGUCAAGCUGGCGGAGAUGCGCAAAGAGGCGAUGGAGAGAGCCGCUCGUGGGAGUGGCAACAUGCGGUCCUCAUACAACGACGUGCCAUCGUCCGCAUACAAGACACAAACGCGCGCUCCCAGCUUCGCUGCUCCACCGCCCACCUCUCAAGAGCGACAACGAACUUCUUACGAUGACUAUGAUCGCUAUGAACCGACUGACAGGCCAUCUUCGCGCAAGGUGCCCGGCUACGAACGAGAGCGACACAGUAAAUCCUCCAAGACUGAACGUCAAUCGAGUAAGUCCGCAACCGAAAAGAAACGCUCAGAAGAGAAGAGGCAGAAAGAGAAAGCACAGACACGAGAGCGCUCACAAAAAGCAACGUACGUCGACGCUUCUUCCGACUCAGACUAUGGCAAAGACCAGCGCCGCAGAGAGAAAGAGAGGGCAGAAAAGGAGCCCUCGCGACGCUCGACUGCAAAUCGUAUGUUUUCUGCAGCUACCGACUCGCGAGCUCGGGGUGACGUUCACGACGACUCCCACAGGAAGUACUCCACCAUGGCCGACUAUGCCUACGCAUACAUGGGUAAAGACAAAGACUCUCGCAAAGAUAGCGGAAUCGCCUUCACGGGCACUGGAAGGCCUGCCCACGUUCGGAGGUCGUCUGCCCGACCGAAAGAUCAAAGCCCCAGAGCAAAGGACCGAGGUCCAUACAUUGUCGAAGAGCCCGAUGAGCAUGAGCGACGUAAACCAUCGAUGCCACAGUCCACGUCCUCUCCCGCUGCACUGAGGCAACACCUUUCCCAGUCACAAACUUACAGCCACGUCCGUGCGCCGCAAGAAACAGUGCCCAAGAUGGGUCGUUCCGAAACCAUGCCCACCGGAGGCUACACGACAAACACUUCACGCAGACGCGAUACAACCCCCCAACAGACUUCGAAGGACGACUCGGGCUACUCUAGCCCUGGCACGCCAGAAACUCAGCAGCCUCAGAGCGGCUUCUCGCGCUCCUACACGCAGCCAGUACCUCCUUCGACAGCACCCUAUACGUCAACCAAGGCCCGCUUUCCCUCUGCGGUCCCUCCCACCGUCCACGAAUUCACUCAAUACGAUCCAUAUGGCCCCCGUAUUGAGACUCGUGAGCCGGGUACUCAGUACACACCGCGUAUGACUAGGAGCCCAUCUCCUCAUACCAAGGAGACUGAUUCUGCAGAGCGCUUACCGAAGUCUUCGGGCCGCUCAUCAUACCCAGCAGCAUCUCCUGCCACACAGACUCAUCGCGUAGUGUACUCAUAUGCGCCCAUUUCCACCCCAUCCGUACCACGACCUCCAAUACCGCACGCCAACACGACACAAACAAUUCCAAUCGUGAGUGAGCCUGAACGUGAACGAGGCCGAGAGAGGUCCCGCCGUGAUGCUUCCCCCAAGCUUUAUGGCGAGGUGCCUUCUGCCUACACUCAAAAAUCCACCCGACCUGCCAUGGAGCGACGGACCUCCUACAGGCCCGAGGAAGUUAGCUACACUCCAAACUACAGCGUGGAUGACGUUAAGUUCAGUCAUGAAGACUACAGGAACGGCGACGAUGAGUACAGGCGUGGGUAUCGCGCAGCAUGGGAGGAAAUGGCCAGACAGGGACGUGCGCCACCCCUUCACAGGCGUGAGACUGCUGCGCACUAG